AAAAUGUUAGUGCGUCUUAUGGAGCAAAUAUGGAGCGGCCGGUCCGGUGUUUCCACCGCUGCCGUGUCAGAAUACCAGGCCGGCCGCUCAGCUCUGCAGCGGGACCUUAUGGAGAUGACUGCUGACCUUUGGGGAGGUGGGGAGCGGGUACCCGAAUUUGACAGGUACCCGCUCUUACUUCCGUGGAGUUGUUCUUUGACCUUACCUGUUCCUCUGUCAGCAGUCAUCUCCUGUACUGUCCGAAGUCUCUGGUCAUCCCUGUACUGUCCGCAGUCUCUGGUCAUCUCCUGUACUGUCCGCAGUCACUGGUCAUCCCUG